AUGGACUUUCCCACCCUGACAACGAAGCUAUAAAAGGUGAAGUAAUUUUGGGUCAUCUCCUGAUGUCAUGGCGACCACAUCCUCCUCCUCACAAGAAUCAGCUCCUGGUGUUACGGGAACGGGGCGACAAACUCUCAGGAACAUUAUCAUAUGUUCUCUGGGGAAUCUGAAACUACAUGACUUUGGGACGUUUAAGAGAAGAUUAUAUGAUUUCUCCUAUGGAGCUAAACCUCCCAUUCCCCGAGAAAGACUAGAAAAUGCGGACUGGAUCACCACCACAGACCUCCUGAUAAACACAUAUGGAAAAGAAAUGGUUCUGGAUUUAAUGUAUAAGGUCUUUACACUGAUCGAUCUGAAGGGACCCGCAAAUGACCUCCAAGAGAGGAGAGCACAACAUGCCAAACUGCAGACACCUGGCAAAAGAUUAACAGCCAAACUGCAGACACCUGGCAAAAGAGUAACAGAAUCAGCUCCUUGUGUUCUGGGAACAUGGCGACAAACUCCCAGGAACAUUAUCAUAUGUUCUCUGGAGGAUCUGAAACUACGUGUCUUUGUGAUGUUUAAGAGAAAAUUGUCUGAUUUCUCCUAUGGAGAUAAACCUCCCAUUCCCCAAGAAAGACUAGAAAAUGCGGACUGGAUCACCACCACAGACCUCCUGAUAAACACAUAUGGAGAAGAAGGGGCUCUGGACGUCAUGUAUAAGGUCUUUUCACUGAUCGGUCCGAUAAGACCUGCAUAUGACCUCCAGGAGAGGAGAGCACAGAGUGAAUCGGCUCUUGGUGUUCUUGGAAAGGGGCGACAAACUCCCAGGAACAUUAUCAUAUGUUCUCUGGAGGAUCUGAAACAACAUGACUUUGGGGCGUUUAAGGGAAAAUUGUCUGAUUUCUCUUAUGGAGAUAAACCUCCCAUUCCCCAAGAAAGACUAGAAAAUGCGGACUGGAUCACCACCACGGACAUCCUGAUAAACGCAUAUGGAGACGAAGGGGCUCUGGAUGUCACGUAUGAGGUCUUUACUCUGAUGGGUCUGAUGGGACUCGCAAAUGACCUCCAGGAGAGGAGAGCACUACAUGAAAUUCAAAUAAAACACAAGCAACAUCUGCUGGAGGAAACUAAAACUCUAGUGGAGCCGAGUCCCCCAGGAUUUACUCUGGAACCACAAACAUUUCCCAUCAAUGAACGUUAUGUGAACCUGACUGUUGCCUCCAUUAAUCCAGUCACAAAAUUCACCCGAAAGAAGCUAAUACAGACUGCGGUAAAGCAAAGGAAAUCUUUAAUGGAUACAAAUGCUGCUCCGGAACACAUUGAUGUUGUCAAGCUGUUCAGUUGGAGCCACCAGUCACGAUGUGCAGUAAUGGUGAGCGGAGUGCCAGGAAUAGGGAAGACCACACUGAUGAAGAAGAUUGUCUAUGAUUGGGCGAAUGGAGAACUCUACCAGAGAUUUGCUUUUGUCUUCUUCUUCAAAUUCCGAGAACUCAAUAAACUGGGGAAGGUCAGUUUGGAGGAGAUGAUUCUUCAACAAUAUCCACAUUUGGAGGGUCAGAUUGGAAAUAUUUUACAACAUGCAGAGGGACCUCUGUUUAUAUUUGAUGGAUUAGAUGAAAGUAUUCACCAAAUGGAUUUCAGAACAACUAAAAUAUGUUCUAAUCCAAAACAGAGAGAAAAUCUUGGUGUGAUUGUGGAUAGUUUGGUAAGACAGAGACUUCUUAUGGGUUGCUCCGUACUGGUAACCAGCCAUCCAACCAGACUGGCAUCAAUUAACACCAAGAAUUUCCAGAGAAUGGCUGAGAUCAUUGGAUUCCACCACAGAGACCAACUCAUCUACUUUGACCAUUUCUUUGGAGACAAGGAACUCUCAGAGAAGGCUUUUCAUUAUGUACAGGAGAAUGGCACGCUGUGCACUCUCUGUUAUAUCCCAUCAUACUGCUGGAUCGUCUGUACAGUGUUAUCAAUGUGCUUCAGAGCCCAACCUACAAACACCGAUCAGAUGAUGCAAUCAUGGCCCAAAACAGUGACUCAACUCUUUGUGACCUUUGUCUCCAACAUUCUGGCCAAUCACAGACAGAAUAAAGAUGACACUUCCACCACCCAGGAUUUGAUAUCUAUCGGACGGAUGGCAGAACAUGGACUCAUGAAUCACAUGACUGUAUUUGAUCGAUGCCAUCUGCACUCAUUCAGUGUGAGAACUGAUAACUAUCUAUUUUCAUGUCUCAUGAUGGGAUCUGGUCGGCCUCCUGAUGUGGAUUACACCUUCUUACAUCUCACUCUUCAGGAGUUCCUUGCUGCUUUAGUUCAUUUUAUUAACUAUAAUCCCAAAAGAUUGCAGAAAUCACUUAAUAGGGCUGAAUCGUACAAAAAUGGCCGUGCUGAAAUGUUCUUUCCUUUCCUCUGCGGUCUCUCAGACUCUUCUACUAGAUCCAUGUUAGAGUCUCAUGUAGGAGACAUGUCUGCUGAGGCUUCCAGACACGUCAUCUCCUGGAUCCAGAGGAAGGCAAAGGUACAAAAAUCUGACAAAUCUAUCAGGGGCUCCAGAGAUCUUCUUAAUGUAUUUUACUAUCCGCAUCAGAGCAGUAAUACAGAGUUAGUGUUACAAUGUAUUGGAUCAAACAGUGACAUUGACUUUUCUGGGAUUACUCUCACCUCAGCAGACUGCUCUGUGUUGUCUUUUAUCCUUCAAUCCUGCAAAGAGACAGAACAUCUAAAUCUAAAGAGAUGCAAGAUUCAAGAUGAAGGAUUAGGGGAACUCUUACCAGCUCUACACACCAUCAGGAGUUUGAGUCUAAAUUACAAUCAUCUGACAGACAGUUCCUGUCCCAAACUGGCAUUGGGUAUAAGAAAUAAUCGGACAUUGAGGAGACUGGACCUGUCUGGGAACAAUCUGAAAGGUCCUUAUUUUAGUGAUGUGAUGGCAGCUCUGAGCACAAGCCAGAUAGAGGAAUUACUUCUCUAUGGCAGUAGACUGACAGACAAUUCCUGCAACCACCUGGCAUCAGGAAUAAAAAAUAACCGGACACUGAGGAGACUGGACCUGUCUGGGAACAAUCUGGAGGGUCCAUAUUUCAGGGAUCUAUUGACAGCUCUGACCACAAGCCAGAUAGAGGAAUUGUUUCUGGAUGAUAAUCACCUGACAGACAGUUCCUGUCCCCACCUAGCAUCAGGAAUAAGAAAUAAUAAGACACUGAGGAGACUUCACCUUUGUAAAAACAAUCUGGAGGGUCCUCAUUUCAGGGAUCUGAUGACAGCUCUGACCACAAGCCAGAUAGAGGAAUUGUAUCUGAAUUACAAUAAUCUGUUAGACAGUUCCUGCAAUUGCCUAGUAUUGUGCAUAAGAGAUAACCAGACCCUGGGGAAACUUGACCUGUCUGGGAACAAUCUGGAGGGUCCUCAUUUCAGGGAUCUGAUGACAGCUCUGACCACAAGCCGGAUCGAGGAAUUACUUUUGUAUGAUAAUAAACUGACAGACAGUUCCUGCAUCCACCUGGCAUCUGGAAUAAGAAAUAACCGGACACUGAGGAAGCUUAACUUGUAUAAGAACAAUCUGAAGGGUCCUCAUUUCAGUGAUCUGAUGACAGCUCUGACCACAAGCCAGAUAGAGGAAUUACUUUUGACUUAUAAUAAACUAACAGACCGUUCCUGUACCCACCUGGCAUUGGGAAUACGAAAUAACCAAAACCUGAGGAAACUGGAUCUCUCUGAAAACAAUCUGAAGGGCCCUCAUUUAGGUGACCUCAUGACAGCUCUGGCCACAAGCCAGAUAGAGGAAUUACUACUACAGGAUGUGGGUCUGACUUAUGAAUACGCCCCAUUCCUGGUGUCACUGAGUAAUUGUACAACUCUAACAGUCCUGGAUCUUAAAUAUAAUCACCUCACUGAUGCCAGUGCUGAAUACAUAGAGGACCUCAUACUGACAUCAACCAGACUAAAGGAGAUCAGGAUUGAUGAAAAUGACUUUUCUAUUGAUGGAGAAGAAAAAUUAAGAAAACUAAUGGAUGAAAUACGAGAUUAUGAAAAAUCUGGUUAUGGUGAUUUAAAGAAGUCUGAUGCCUCUGCAGAGUCUAAGGAAGAAUCCGAUAAUUUAGUUACACCAAUUGUAGAUGGAGCAACAUACAGGCUAGAACUGGAGCCUGGUCGACUUUUCCGCUGCUUAGAGACUGGAAUCAUGUUCAAAGUGAAAUCUGAAGUGACCAUCACAUAUGAGCUUGGAUUUGAGGGUGACUAUGAGGAACAAGUUCAGGAAAAUGGAUAUGACAUUGUGGGCCCCGUGUUUAACAUAACUGUAGAGCCCGGUGUAGUGUCAGAAGUGCACCUACCACAUUCCUUGUGUUUAGAAGGUCUGAAAAGAGGCAUCACUCUAAUUAGAUUUGGCCAUUUUAAGGACGGAAAGAUGAAAAUAAUAAAACCGCUAACAAUUGGACCAUCUCAUAUUGUCCUCGAAAAUCCCUCCUUUUCUGGUCUUAGUCCUCUACUUUCAAAAUUAUGGAGACGACCCGUUUCAUUCAAGGGGAAGGUUCUGUUAUACAGCAAGGUGGUUUGUCCCCAAAAUAAAGAAUAUUCGGAGUAUAGAUUUCAUCUUUAUGUGAUACCCAGAAACCAGCCAGAGAUAACGAAACUUCAUAAGCAGAAACAAAACAAAGGUUUCCAGGACAUGGAAAAACCUCACGAUAUGACAAGCAGAUUAUAUACUAAAACAGAUUAUACUGUCAGAGCUCACCCUGAUGGAAAGAUAUCCCGCGAGCUUGUACAGUUUGAAAUUAGUUGCGAAACUGAAAGUUUAUCCUUUACUGAAGUCAAUGUGGAUAGAAAUGCAAAAGAACUUUCAUUGUCCAUAUCACUGAUGGGAAGUGACGAUCCGCUCUGGAAAGGUGACAUCACAGAAGGGGACUUGAAAGAAAUGCAAUCAAGUGCCUGUGCGUCUGUCCUCUCCAGUGUAGGUUCUUCUCCAUCGGGGAAGCACUUUGUAGAUGAGCAUCGUGAAAAACUCAUCCAAAAAGUGUCCAAUGUGAAACAAGUUGUAGAUAAACUCAAAGAUUUGGAUCUCCUGAACGAUGAACUGUAUGAUAUUGUGAUCUCUAAGGAAACAUCCCAGGACCAGAUGAGAGAGAUCUUCAGGGUUGCCAGAAGUUGGGGAGAUGAUGGCAAGGACAACCUACUCGAUGUUCUAAAGAAAACCAACAAGCAACUGAUUAACGAUAUAAAUAUUUAAAAAUAUAAUGAAUUUGUGAAAAUUUCCUGAUUUUCUAGUUGUGGAUGGAACCAUGCACAUCAUGUUCUUGCCAAUUCCAGGCCAACUGUGCACCCAGAUCUGCUGGUUUAUAGCAAAGAUCAACUCUAAUGUUAUAGAACCAUCUAUUCCAACCUGCAUACAGAUGUUCAGGUUUGUUGGCCACCAUCAGUGCAACCAAUGAAAAACGUGACUUCUAUGUAGUACUGCUUGGGGAACAAUGAGAUGGUAUAACCAGACGGGUUAUGAUCAGGUGGACUUAAAGGAACCUAAGCUUUAUCAGUGCACAGUAAAGUCUAAUUAAAAAUGAGGAUCUCUCAACGUGUGGAUGUAGAAUGGACCCAAUGGCAAAAAAAAAAAA